AUGUCGGACGAAAUCACCCCCAUCACAGAAUGGCCCGACUACAGUGUCAACCCCCAGGGCGGUGACCCAAUCACCCAAGAUCUGAAUGCUCCAUACGACAAGGGUGAUCUUUGCUGGAUCCUAGUGUGCACAAUCCUAUGUUGGCAAAUCACUCCCGCUAUCGGCUACCUGUACGCGGGCAUGCACCGCCGCAAAGCCGCCUUGACGAUGAUAUUCCAAUCUCUGUUUUGCGCCUCUGCUUGUGGCAUCCAGUUCUGGAUCUAUGGUUACAGUCUGUAUCAAUCGCACACUACGAAUCCCAUGCUCGGAAACCUCUCACUGGCUGGUCUGCAUAACGUCCUCGCAGCUCCGUCCCUGGCCAACUCCGAUAUCCCGGAUAUUCUGUAUGCGUGCUUUGGUUUCACUUUCGUCACGGCGACGGCGAUGAUUUUGGCUGGUGCGAUGCUCGAACGUGGUCGCCUUUUCCCGUCGAUGCUUUUCCUGCUCUGCUGGACGACUUUCGUUUACUAUAUUCUCGCCUAUUUCGAGUGGAACCCGAACGGUUGGCUGUACCAGCUGGGCGUGUAUGAUUUCGCCGGGUCUGGUCCCGUGCAUAUUGCGAGUGGCUUCUCUGCUUUGGCGUGGAGUUUGAUGCUUGGACCGAGAUUGAGUGAACACGACGCCGCCACUCGUCGAAAGAUGAUCCAUUACAAGCCUCACAACCCCUUUUUAGUGGGCAUUGGGACGUGCUUCAUCUGGUUUGGAUGGUUCGCUUUCAACGGUGCAAGCACGGCGAAUCUCUCCAUUCGCUCCAUCUACGUCGUCGUGAAUACAAACCUCGCCGCCUGUGGAGGCGGUAUCGGCUGGACUCUGCUUGAAUACUUCUACACAAAGAAAUUCAGCAUCAUUGGCUUCUGCUCCGGUAUCAUCUCUGGUUUGGUCGGCAUCACACCGGCCGCUGGCUUUGUCCCCGUCUACACCGCCGCACUUGUCGGCCUCCUGACGUCCGCCUGCUGCUUCUUCACCAACAAGUACAAAUACCUGAUCAGCAUCGACGAGGGCCUGGACAUCUUCGCCAUUCAUGGCGUCGGCGGCUUCGUCGGUGACAUCCUGACGGGCUUCUUCGCCGCAUCCUGGGUGCCAGCACUCGACGGCGCCUCUGGUGCAGCAUACGCCGGCGGCUGGUGGGAACACAACUGGAUCCAAUUGGGUUACCAACUUGCCGCGGCGACGACGUGUGCCGCGUGGAGUUUCAUCGUCAGUUGUAUUUUGCUGUUUGUCAUUAAUAAGAUUCCUGGGUGCCAUUUGCGCGUCAAGGAGGAGGACGAGGUUAAGGGUUUGGAUUUCAAGUAUUUGAAUGAUGUGCACUGGGACGAUUUGAUGGAACUCGGCAUGCCGAGCGGGAGUGUCAUGACGACCCAUCGUGGCGUCCAUGAGGGCGUCCCGUUCACGGGAUCAGGCCCCGGAAGUGAGAGCGGGAGUGGCAAUGAUGGCUCAGGCGGUGUGAAGAAGGAGGGCGUUCCGGCUCCUAAGUUGGAUUAG